CGUUAUGUUUUGUUUUACCUUUCAGAGGAUAUUUCAUUUUGGGAGACUGUCGAGCGUUUCAACGCCAAUGUGGCUUAUAGCGGUUUGGUGCAUUCUGUUAGCCAAGAUGGUAUUUUUGUUGAAAAGAAAGAGAAGUUAAUAAAAGACGCACUUAUUGCCCUGCUCACACGAAAUACUUCGAUGCAGACCCCAGUAAUAAAUGCCAGUGAAUUCAUGGGUCAGAGGGGUAUUCCGGAUCGUGAAGUUCGACUACAGCUAGAGGAAGCAAGAUUCCAAGCAAUUAGGCGUCUCGUAGCGUCGAAAGCUGGGUUUGAAUCCUUCACUCAACUCUCUGGGGUUCGAGAAAAUCUUGGCCGUGCAGUUAUCACCGCGUUGGCACAGAAUGAUGACUCUCUAACCCAUGCUGUUAUUGACGCUGUAAAUACGUUGAUGCAACCCAUGCAUGAUAAUCCUGAUUUGAGACAGGAGCAGUUGAAUAAAUCAUCAAUCAUGUCCAGUGCUCCUUUUAUGCGUCAGCUUGUCAAUCUAUUCACUCUUCACUCUCUUCGUUGCACGGGUUCCCUUGUCAUCUCAGGCCUACUGGAUUUUUUUACGUAUGCUCUCUGUCUGCCCUAUUCAGAGACUUCUGAUGGACAGUCCUUUGAAGUUCUUCUUGCUUUAGUAGCUUCACGUGGUCGUGCUCUCUUCCGUCUAUUCACUGUAAAUGUCUACUUUAUUGUUCAUCCCAGUCUGACGAUUGUUAAGGGUGCGGGUUUGGUGAUGCGUGCGUUGAUUGACGAAGCCUCCGAGGAACUUGUGGCUCAACUGCGACAAAUGGCUCUGGUCGAGGGAGCCAUUUUGCAGCAUAUUUCUAUUGCCUGCUUCACGGCAGCAGACUCAACGACUGCAGAUCCUAGAAAUCUUGUUCUGAGACAGCUUUCCCGCCAACUUAUUGCUUUGUGGACUGAUAAUAAUGCACAAGCGCAAGACCUACUUAAACGAAUCUUUCCCGAAGGUCUGCUCUCUUUCCUUGAAUCUUCCGACCCUCCACCAGAAUCCGAGAAAGACUACCUUUUUGUUCGAGACAACUUUCAGCUUGCUCAGGAGCACGUUUUGCGAGUUCAAAGCAAGAAAUCUGAGCCCUUGUACAUACUUCAAGAGCGCGUGGAUGGUUUUCUUCAGCACUGGCGUGUGAAAGUUGGUCUCAAUCCACGAAAAGCUUCAACGCCAAAUAUUGAAGAUAAGCCGGUCUCGCUGCGUCUGACUCGACAAAUGCGCAUUAAAUUGGGUACGCCAGACACGCAUGUGAAUGGCAAACCAGCGGAACUGCCUCAAAAUCUCAAUUGGCCUCUCUUUUACUAUCACUUUCAUCGCGAUCAUGCUAAACCGGACCUGGUUUGGAACCUCCGGACCCGAGAUGAACUGAGAGACGCAAUCGAAAAAGAAAUGGGUGAGUAUCGUCGUGAAUGCGAGUACUUCUCUCACUCACGUCUGGAGGAGGUAGAUGAGUCCGACACUCUUCAAGAUCCGGACACUCUCGAGAACGGUGAAACCGAAAUCGCCACUGAAGCCUCUGACGUUACAAUGGAGACCAAAUCUUCUUCGCCUACUGAGACCGCAAGGGUAGAAGGCCAAGAAGUGGGGAGGUCGAAUGAAACUGUCGCCGAUGACUCUCCAUUUGAUAAAAAGAACCCUUUGGAGAGACAAGUGGCCCGUCUAUUGUCUCAAGUAAAUGGAGUGUCGUGGAAUCACUCUGAGUUUCGAGUGAGAUAUCAUAGCCUGGCUGGCGAACCUCGGGUUGGAAAUUACUUCCUUCGCCUACUUCUGGAAGAGGAUAAGCGUCUUGCUUCAGCGGAUUCGAAUUCCACGGGUGAUGCUUCGAAGAUGGGCUUAUCGAGAAUUAAGAACAGCCGAGAGUUCUUCAGCGAACUAUUCCGUCGUUACCUUCAAUAUACUGCAGCCUUGGGAACAAUGAGUUCAGCCACUAUACUAGGUGGAGGAAGACUUCCUCGUGGGAAGAAGGGUACUCAUGGGAGGAGACAAGGCAAUCAACUCCUCUCUAUGCGUUGCCUCUGCCUGAAUGCCAUGACAAUUGUCUAUGGAAGGUGUCAUGAGGAAAUAGGAGCGGUUUCAGAUAUUCCCCUGUUGGUACACCUUCUGGAUAGAACACCCUCAGCUGCUGAACGAGAUUGCUUGAUACAGUUGUUGGAAAAGUUGGUUGUGAACAAGUACAAUGCUGACGAAUUCAUUGAGGCUGAUGGUGUACGGGUUGUCACAGACCUGGCGUGUCUCUCAUAUCUUCACACUUCACGAGCCCCUGUUCCCACAGCAACCAACGUGCUCAAGGGCGACAGUGAGAAUCCGGACUCUGCUGAGGGUGGUGGAGCAACUCAACCUGAAUGGUGGUAUUGGAAAACUGGAGACCCCAAGGGUUCAUCUGAGGGCCCAUUCACAUUUGCAGAGAUGCGUCAAAAAUUCUCAGACGGUACUCUUGCACCCAAUACUUACGUCUUCGCUCAAGGUUUGGACAGCCAUCCCCGUUGUCGUAUCGAGGGCGUCUUCAUUGACAUGGAUGGUGGCGAGGAGGAGGAGGAGGCCAAAAUUUUCGGUUCCUCGAGUUUCACCGGCUUUGGUGCCACGACUUCUGCUGGUGGGUCAAAGUCGCCCUCUGCUUCAACUCUCGGUUGGAUGCCUGCUAAUAGAGUGCCCCAACUUCGAUGGUCUGUGCCCCGUCUUCUCUAUGGUGAUGACUACGAGGAAGAAUCCUCUGAAAUUUCUGAUAAGGAUAAAGAGAAGCAUAGUGGAGAUGACUUGAUUGCUAAACUGGGCUUUAGCAAAGGCGCAAUGUUGGAUCAUACCGCCCUAGCUAUUCGAUGUGUGGAAGUCCUGACACGGUUAUGUGAAAGCAGUGCUUCCAGAGAUGCUUCUACAGGGGGCAUUAUUCGACCACUGCCUAGGCCAAGGCGAACUAUUUCUAGUCUGUUUAACCUUCCCCACAUUGUACAACUUCUACUGACCUUUGACCCACCACUCGUUGAACGCGUCUCCAACCUUCUUCUUCAUGUGAUUGAUCAAAACCCCUGCCUUCCCCGAAUUUAUCUAACUGGAAUAUUCUUCUUUAUCCUUAUGUACACUGGAAGCAACGUUCUCCCUAUUGCCCGUUUCCUUAAGGCCACUCAUCUUCUUCAAGCUGAAGAGACUUCUGAAACAGGUCUUCCCUCAGUACUAAGCAAAAUUCUCCCAGAGGCUAUGAUUGCAUUCCUCGAGAAUCAUCCUCCAGAAAAGUUUGCUGAGAUCUUUUUGGGUAACUUUGACACACCUGAAGCCAUUUGGAGUCAAGAAAUGCGACAGUUCAUGAUAUCGAGGAUUGCUGCGCAUUUGGCCGACUUCACUCCGCGGUUAAAGAGCAAUGUUCGUGCCAUCUAUCAUCACAUUGGCAUUCCUCGAAUUGUCUACUCUCAAUUAGAGGGUGAAUUGUUUUGCAACCGGUACUACCUUCGUCAUUUCUGUGAUACCAAUCGUUUCCCUGACUGGCCUAUUAAAGACCCGAUCACUCUCCUGCGUGAUAUUUUGAGACUUUGGAGAACUGAGACCGAAAAGAAGCCUUGUCGAAUCACCUAUGAGGAUUCCCUGAAGGAGCUGGGUUUAGACGCCAGUCAGCUGAAUGAAUCCAAUCAGGAAGCGAGUAUUCGUCGUGCCUACUACCAACUCUCUAUGAAAUAUCAUCCGGACAAGAAUCCUGAUGGUCAUUCUAAAUUCCAAGCUGUGAAGGCAGCAUACAACUUUCUCUGUGAGCGAGGUCUCCAUUCGGACGGACCAAAUCGUCGGCACAUUCAACUCCUCAUACGAUCUCAAAGUAUACUCUACUCUCGUUAUCGUAAAGCACCAUAUAAGUUAUUGUACCGCCGAUUAGAUUUGGAACCUGACCCUCAAGGUGUUUAA